GUUAUGGAAUUUCUUAGUACAUAUAAUAUGUAUUAUUGAAAUUUUAGUUAUAAUUUUUAAAUUUUUACUACACUGACUAGCGCAGUGGCUUCGGUGCACAUAGAGCAUGCGCGCUAAAUAAACGAGUCACCCGCUUUAAAACUUCGGUUCACCUCCCGCUUUUAAUAGCGUGCCUAGAAGGUUACAAGUGCAGUUUGAAACAGUACAAAUUCAAAUAGUUUUAACAAACUUGCAUUGUACAACGCUUACUAAAACAGUAAAUAGGUCGUAAGUAGCCUUUUAAGUUGUUUUACUUUAGUACAAUAACAUCUUUAACAUAUUUUAAAAUAAUGUGCUAUCUAUUUUGUAAAAGUUUCUCAACACGAUCGAAAUUCAUCGACAUUCAAAAUGGAAGACUUCUCAGAAAAUUUAGAAUUGGCCGCGGAUAUCGGAAGGCAAAUGCGACGCACCGAGAAAGGCAUUACAAACAAGCGAAUUUUGGUAAAAUAUGCUGGACGCAUUGAUAUUAAUGUUGGAAGCGAUGAGUUGCGGACAUUAAUAGCAAGUACUCCAGACCACAUUCAAAUGACGAACAUUUUCUUCCUCAGCGGAUUGGCGAUUGCACUUCAAUUACAAUGGGAAGCACUUAUCAGAAAAAUGGAGAAGUUUAAUGCGGAAUGGAACAUGUACAAAAUGCGAACUGAUAAACCAAAGCGUCCGAGAGGACCAAGAGCUGAAAGGCAGAUGGAUGUCGUUCCGGAUUAUGAAGAUAUGUUAGAAGCAGCAAUCGAACUCCCAGAACUUGCAAGACGUGAAGAACUACCUGCUGAUCAUCAUAUUCUUCCAGAAGCUCAAGAAGCUGAAGUCUUUCAAGAAGUACCACUUGCACCAACAGAAGAUAUUUUCGAUUUCGGUACAGUUAGAAACGAAGAUGACAACAUAGCACCUGUGCCUGAAUUAAUAGAUGUUGUACCUGCCGUUGAGCCCGAACCGGUACCCCUUCCUGAAGCACCUUCUGCAGUAGACGAAACCCAAAUCGGUAUGGAACCGCCAAUGCCUCGCGAAGAAAGGCGUCCACACAUAGUCCCAAGACGUCCAUCAGAUCGUCGACGCAAUCGCCUUGUUAGACACAAACCACGAACCGAGCAAAACGAAGUCGCAGCGGCCUUCCACCACGACUAUCACGAAGUACCAAACUUAGAAGUUCUGGAAGAGGAAGAUCUCCACUUUAAUUAUCUACUACCAAAAUUCAAAGUCGUAAAAUUCCAGCACGAUUUGGUACAUCAAACUCCUGUAUCACAGAUCAGACUUGCGACAACCAUUAGCGGAGUCGAAGAGGCUGUUGUCCCACAGGCAGCUGAAGGAGACUAUUCACAUGUUGUCCCUGUGGAGAUUGAUGCCACAAUGCCUCAGUUGCCUCCUCUGCCAGUGGAUCAAGAAGCAGGGCCUAUAGUUCCGAUGACUACUCCCCCGGCUUUAGGUGUUGAGGAACUUAGACUGCCACAAGCACCACAAUUUGAUAUAACUGUGGCUUCAGAAGCUUCAAUUGCAGUAGACACCAGUGAAUGGUUACUACAUGACAGGAUGCGGUACAUUCACUCAUUGCGAACUAUUCAUCCAGGCGUAGAAUUAACAAUUCAAGACUUGACGCCGCAGCCUCAUACUCGUUUAAGUAUAACUACUACUUUUAUGGUGCUCUCUGGUAAGUUACAAGUAUUAAUUAGUAUUUAUAGCGUAUUAAUUAAUGAUAUAUAGCACGUUUUAUGCAUGAGUAAUAACGUAUUUAAUUCCUUGUAGAAUUGCAUCGUAAAAAGAUCCUCCGGAUCUCAACAGAUUCAAAGGGUUAUUUAACAACAGUCGUAUUUAUGUAAAUCUUGGACAGUAUUUAGACAUUUUAGAUUUUAUUUUAUUAACUUAUAAAUAAUUUAUAUUCACCUCCUGAA